AUGCUAGGAUUCAUAACCAAUAAAACGGCGGCUUUUACAACAACGGCUUCUACGAUCACUGGAACGACCGCUUCUACGGCUACGGCUACGGCUGCAGCCACCACCACAACGACGACGACUACAACCACUACGACAACUACUACCGUAACGAGCGUGUCAAAAUGGUUGAACACAAACAGCACGAGUUUUGCACGAUACCGACAUACAGCAUCGAUACUAACCAAUGGGAAUGUCUUAGUUGCUGGUGGCUAUGAUGGUAGUAGUGCUUUAAAUAGUACAGAACUGUAUAAUCCAUCAACCGGAGUUUGGACAAUGACCGGUAGCAUGAGGUUUACACGAUACACACACGCUGCAUCCCUACUUGCAAAUGGAAAAGUCUUAGUAGCUGGUGGACUUAGUAAUAUUGGUUAUCUCAAUAAUGCAGAACUGUACGAUCCAUCAACAGGACAAUGGAUAAUGACUGGGAAUAUGAGCACUGUACGAGACUCACCAAUAUCUGCGAUCCUAACCAAUGGUAACGUUUUGGUUGCUGGUGGAUUGGCUUAUGGAGCUUAUUUGAACAGUGCAGAACUGUACGAUGCAUCAACAGGGAACUAUAUGAUCCAUCAACCGGAGUUUGGACAAGCCUGGCACACAUCAUCGACACUAACUAAUGGAAAUGUCUUAGUUGGCGCUGGAUUUAAUUCAGUCGGGGCCUACCUGAAUAGUGUGGAACUCUACGAUCUAUCAACAGGAGUUUGGACUGAGCUUGCCAACAUGAAUGUUAAACGAUACCAACACACAGCAUCAGUAUUAACUAAUGGAAAAGUUUUAGUUGCUGGUGGAUCUGGUAUUACUACCGCACUGAAUAGUGCAGAAUUGUACGACCCAUCAACAGGAAAUUGGACUAUGACUGGUAGCAUGAAUAUUGGACGAUACUAUCACACAGCAUCGACGUCAACCAAUGGAAAUAUUUUGGCUGUUGAUGGCAGAAAUGCUAUCGCGUAUUUGCAGAGUGCAGAAUUAUAUGAAUGA